AGCCUGUGCAUGCUGGAGACUCGGGUUUUCGAACCGUCUGUUCUGUUUAUAUUUUAUAAAGACUGCAACAUUUGUACACAAACUGAGACCGAAACGGAAAGCUCCGGAAACGCUAGAAAUAACCCCCGUCAGUUCUGCCCCUCUGGACUCUCCUGAAGGUUUGAAGACAUGUCAUCUGUGUGGCAGCAGGAGCCUUCAGUGUACUCGUCCUGCGUAGAGAUCGACUCCAGCUCUGUGAGGACCAAAGACAGGCUCAGCUCACCGGCCUGGCUCAAGCAGGAGCAAGAUGACCUCCGCAUCAUCAAGUGGGAGAACUUUCAGUCAGCGACCUCUGCAGAUGUGGUCCAGGACAACACGCCCAGCAGCGCCAUGUCAACUGGGUCACUCACAGAGGGGCUGCCCCCGAGGGUACUGCUGACCAUCACCAAGCUGCAGUGCAUGCUGGAAAACAAACAGGAGCGAAUCGCUGCACUGGAGAGACAGGUAGAAGACCUGAUGCAGGACCGCAAAUUCCUGAGGAGCCAGAUCGAGAACCUCACAAGCAAUCGCUCAGCCCCAGCUUUUGCAUCGCCCAAUCCAGUGGCUGAAGUUCCUCGACCAAGCAAGGUGCAGCACUCAGAAAACAAAUCACGGAAGAGAGAAAGAGCUUCGUCCAGUUCCGCGGGCAGCAGCGGCAGCGGCUCAGAAGCAUCGGACUCCUCUGAAAUGUCAGCCGCCUCCAGUGAACACAAAAGGAAGAAACACCAUAAGGACAAGAAACGAACCAAGAAAGGCAAAGACUACAGCAGGAAAAGAGCCACUGGAGUCCAGUACGUCAUCCACCGCUACAAACAAGUCCUGUCAGCCUUCAUCAAGAAGAAGAGCAUGAGCGAAGCCUUCCGCCAUCUCGGGAUCGACAGGAACACAAUCGCUAACACGGCAUCUAUCGCCGAGCUGCACCUGGCCGGCAAAGACAUCGUCCCACUUGUGGGGAUGUUCCGCCAAGGGGAGGAGACUCUGGUGAGCUACGCCCAAAGGUGCACGUUGGUCAUCGACAGCGAUGCCGACCUGGCCAGGAGAAUAGACCAAAUGAAAGCCAACGGCGAGCUUCUGCCCAUCUCAGGAAAAAGGCCCAGGGUGUUGCAUUCUCACCUGCCACCACUAGGGGUCAACGCAGACAGCAUUUUAAUAGGCUGAUGUAGAGUGGAAUGAAUUGGAAGGGAAAAGUGGAGGAUAAAACAUAAUGCCUUUACAAAAUAAUUGUAUUUAACUUGUUUUCCUUCAAUCUGAACUGCUGGAUUUAAGUUUUUAUGUCCGUAUGUAGCAUUUUGGAUAUUUUUAACUUUCGUUUUCUGUUUUAAAGGAAAAAGAAACGUUAAUUAUUCUCAGUAUAUGCAUUUUCUUGUCCACAGAUACUUGUUUAGAAUGCACAUUUUGUAUUUUAUAGCCAUAUAAAUUUACCUCCAGAGGCUUUUUAUUAAUACAAGUAAUGACUUUUUUAAUUUACAGUUUUUCUCCAUUGGUUUGGCUCAUUUUUUGAAACAGAAAUUACAUUCUCAAAAUAACAUGGACAAACCUCCAAACCACUUGGCAAUUGUUUACAACAGAAUAGAAUUUCUUAUUCAUUUCAUCUAAUUGCAAAUGUUUUAGUAAAUGUCUCAGUACAUCUUUGCAAAUGAUGAAGUACUGUUAGCCUACAUUUAAUUCCCAAUUGAAUUGAUCUUGUUGAUCUAAACUGAUUGUUCAUUCUUAGUCUCUGAAACAUAUCAGCGUCAUUUCAUUGUAUAAGUCAUAACGUGCACAAUAGUCUAUUCAGUUGUCAAAAUGUGAACCAGUGAAGACGAGUUAGUUGCAAAAGCUUUAUUUUCAGCACUGUAGGCUACAUAUGAUUCUCCUCGUUUUUUGUUUGUGUUUUCUUUUACAGUAUAUUAUGCUGUAUACAUUUUGUUUUUACUCUGAUGCAUGCAGGUUAUUUUAUGUGUAUGUGAAUUGAAAUGGUUGCUAUUUCCAUGGUAGUAUGAGUGCAUUGUGUGAUACUCUUACCGUAAAAUUCUAUUUUUUCAGUUUUAUACACACUUGUAUUCUGUUAGCGAGACAAACUCGUACAGUAACUAUUGUCAGAGAAGGACUGGGCUGAGGCUGAGAGGUGGACAUGAGGGAUAUUUCGAUGCUCCUCUGCUAUAGUGACCAAACAUCUAAACAUUUGGACUUGCAGUGCUUACACAAUGCCAAAGGGACAAUGCAUUGUGGGAGCACUAACUAUUUAUAUGAGAAAAGGAUUUAGUUUUGACACAAGUGAACAGUUUUGGGAGAGAUAUGAGCUUUUGCAAGUGAGCUAUGGUGUUGUGCUGAACUGUGAGACUGUUUUGCCAAAUGAUCUUAGAGUUUUGAGAAUGUAAAUGAGUCAAACCAAUGGAGAAAAAAACUAGAACUGCAAAGGUUGUGUGUAGUUUUAGUACCUUCCACAAGAUGGCAGUGCUCACUUUGAAGAUGUCAGUCAAAAAUACAUUCCUCUUCUCAUUUAAAAUGGUGGUCUAUUUCCAUUUUCAAUGUACGGUUUAUAUUCUUGUUGAUGUUGGAGGUGUCACAUUUUGUUUGAUUUUGUUUUGCAUCACACUGUGUUUUAUAUGGUAGGGGUUUGGUAAAAAUUGUGUUAAUGUGACUCAACUGCCAGCAAUACAGAAAUUGCAGUGAA